AUGGCACCACCCACCACUCCCAACAAAGGCGCAGGCGCCUUCUCCUCCAACACCACCCCGGCCUCCACGGCACCCCCCUCCUCCCUCGCCACCCCAGGCAGGGACUCUGCCUACGGUAGUAUGGCAGAUGACGGCGCACUCGCUGUCACAAGCAGCGUGCAGGCCUUCCUGCUGGCCAACGGCAUCCACGCCGAUGUCGUUGCGCUGUUCACUGCCGAGGCGCUCCUGGAGAACGCUGUCGACCAGCAGCGCGAGGCUGGCCUCGAGCAGCCAGCACCAGCAGCACCACCAGACUUCGCUCCCGCCCCGCCCGCCCCUGUCGUUCCUGCAGAGGCGCCGCGCCGUGCAGAGGUCACGGCCGGCAGCAUACCAUACAAGGCCCUCCCCUCCUUCCAGAAGAGGAAGAGACCUGAAGACGAGGCCGAUGGCGCCAAUGCCAUCAACAAGAAGCAGAAGAAGACUGCCCCUCCUCCCGCCACCACCACCACCACCACCACCACCAACAGCAAGGCCAACAAGGCCAUCACCAAGAAGACGGCAGCGGCACCACCUCCUUCACCAAAGGUGAAGGACAUCUCCUACGACAUCCCAGCCACGCCAUUCGCCGACCUGGACUGGAGCGAAGCUCCCACCAACAGCACCGACCUCCUCACCACCUUCCCACCAGCAGCACUAGAGCCAUCAGAAGAGGCCAUGUGCCAGUACAUCACGCCAAAGUACAUCACCUGGCUCCGAGGCCACGUCGAGUACAUCUCCUUCCGCCUUGCCGCCGUCACAGUAAUGCUCCACCGUGCCGACUACACCGUCGAAGCAGCACAGAUCGGCCAGUUCGCCGUCGAUCUCCUAGGCACAGGCAUUUACCACAUCGCUCUGCAGCUCUACCUGAAGCAGACCGACGAGCACGACGUUUGGCUCCAUGCCGAGAUGGCGAUCGCUGAUGUCAUCUACUACCUUCGCGGUGGAGAGAAGAAGGCAACCCGCGGCGAUCUCUUUGAGCAGGCUGAGGUUCUGAGGGAGAUUGCGAAGGGUAUGGGUAUGAGGCACGGCGUCGUCGGCGAAGUCACCUGGACCGAGAAGAGAGCUAUGGCGAGCAAGAGACAGAUUGCCAAUGGCCUGAACCUCCACGACAGCGAUGACGACCUCAUGCUUGAAGAACUCUGA